CAUGAAGUUUGGAGCGUCCCGGAUCGGGCGAAACUGACCUCAAAUCCGGCCCGAAACUCGACCGGGCCAUGCACAUACAGCCCAGUGGCGGAUAACGGUUGAAAGCCCGGUACCCGGCCCGUCUCCACCCCAUUCAAGAACUCUCUUUCCCGCGAGUUACUCCGAAACUAACCAAGGCCUGGUUGGGAUUUCGGAAACGCCGAAAGAGAAGAUAAAAGGAAGCGAACGAGAGAGAUUCUUCUCUUCUCAAUCGGCUUCGACGAUGGGAAGGGGAAAAUUCAAGGGAAAGCCUACGGGCCGCAGGCAUUUCUCCACCCCCGAGGAGAUGCUUGCUGGAACCUCUACUCGUCCUCGCACCUUUAAGCAGGAAGUAGCCGAAGACGAAGAAGAAGAGGAAUCUGAAGAAGAAGAAACUGAGAAAAGGAAAGGUCCCCAAAGUGUUAUUGAGAUUGAGAAUCCUAAUCUGGUAAAACCAAAGAAUGUGAAAGCCAGAGAUGUUGAUAUUGAGAAGACAACGGAUCUCUCAAGGCGUGAAAGGGAGGAGAUAGAGAAGCAAAAGGCUCAUGAGAGAUUCAUGCGGCUGCAGGAACAAGGAAAAACAGAACAAUCACGUAAAGAUUUAGAACGCCUAUCCCUUAUACGACAACAAAGAGCUGACGCUGCUAAGAAACGAGAAGAAGUGAAAGCUGCCAAAGAACAGAAGAAAGCUGAAACCCGUAAAUGACCAAGCCAUGGAAGCAAAUGCAUCAUGUGCGCGUCUUUUACUAGUAAAAGAAAGAGGGGCUUCUAUUCACUAGUAGUUCAAAUGCGUGUGAUAAGCGGAGAACCACUUCUACUAUUUAUUUACAUAUUCUACCUUGCUAUCUCUUGAGAAGGGAGUGAAAAAUCUAGCUUUGUUGAGAGUUUAUCAUUUAGAUGUGGAGAUUAAGAACUUUAAAUUCCUUCAGGGGUUUGCUUUUC